AGGUGAAGAAGAGUAUUUUAGAGGAGGAGAUAUACUGUCCACCUGAGGCUUCGGUGCUGUUAGCCUCUUAUGCCGUCCACGCUAAGUAUGGUGAUUACGACCCUAAUGUCCACAAGCCGGGCUUCCUGUCCCAGGAGGAGCUGCUACCAAAGAGAGUUAUUAAUCUGUACCAGAUGACUGCAGAGAUGUGGGAGGAGAGGAUCACGGUCUGCUACGCUGAGCACAGGGGCAGAACCAGAGAUGAAGCUGAGAUGGAGUAUUUAAAAAUAGCUCAGGAUCUGGAGAUGUAUGGGGUCAAUUACUUUUCCAUUAGGAAUAAAAAGGGAACCAGCUUGCUGCUGGGUGUUGACGCUUUAGGCCUCCACAUUUACGACCCAAAUAACAAACUGACGCCCAAAAUCUCUUUUCCCUGGAAUGAGAUCAGAAACAUCUCGUACAGCGAUAAAGAGUUUGCCAUUAAACCCUUGGAUAAGAGGGCAGAUGUCUUCAAAUUCAACUCCUCUAAACUCAGAGUCAAUAAACUGAUUCUUCAGCUGUGCAUCGGGAACCAUGAUCUCUUCAUGAGGAGACGGCGAGUUGAUUCGUUGGAAGUCCAGCAGAUGAAGAUGCAGGCUAGAGAAGAGAAAGCUCGCAAACAGAUGGAGCGGCAGAGGCUGGAGAGGGAGAAACAAUUGCGUGAGGAGGCAGAAAGAGCUCGUGAUGAACUGGAGAGGAGAUUGAUUCAGUUACAGGACGAAGCUCACAUGGCCAAUGAGGCACUGUUACGCUCUGAGGAGACUGCAGAUCUGUUGGCGGAGAAGGCACAAAUCGCUGAGGAGGAGGCCAAGCUGUUGGCUCAGAAAGCGGCCGAGGCUGAACAGGAGAUACAGCGUAUUAAGGUGACAGCUAUUCGCACUGAGGAGGAGAAGAGACUCAUGGAACAGAAGAUGCUAGAGGCUGAGAUGCUUGCACUCAAGAUGGCAGAAGAGUCUGAAAGGAGGGCAAAAGAGGCCGACCAGCUGAAACAAGACCUGCAGGAGGCAAGAGAAUCGGAGCGCAAAGCCAAAAACAAACUACUGGAGAUCACCAGCAAAUCGGCGUACUCGGUAAUCACCCGUCUCUUACCAAAGCGCUCCCCCAUGGCGUUCUCCAACAUCUCCACAGAUGACGUUACAUCAACACUUGUCAUUCUUAAUCAUGCUGGAGUCUGAAUCCAGUCUAAUUUU